UGCUGUCCACUGGGCAUGUACUGACCAUUGUGGCAGGUCUGAGAACGUAGCUGAAGCUGAAUCUAGGAAAAGCUGGGGGCAAGGAAGAGCCUGGAAUCUUGAGGUGGGCCAUUGACUCUAAGAUGUCCUUGAGCAGUGGAGCCUCCGGAGGGAAAGGAGUGGAUGCAAACCCGGUUGAGACAUACGACAGUGGGGAUGAAUGGGACAUUGGAGUAGGGAAUCUCAUCAUUGAUCUGGACGCCGAUCUGGAAAAGGACCAACAGAAACUGGAAAUGUCAGCCUCAAAGGAGGUGGGGAUACCGGCUCCCAAUGCUGUGGCCACACUUCCCGACAACAUCAAGUUUGUGACUCCAGUGCCAGGUCCUCAAGGGAAGGAAGGCAAAUCCAAAUCCAAAAGGAGUAAGAGUGGCAAAGAUGCUAGCAAACCCAGCUCAGGAACUUCCCUGUUCACGCCAAGUGAAGGGGCAGCUAGCAAGAAAGAGGUACAGGGACGCUCAGGAGAUGGUGCCAAUGCAGGGAGCCUGGUUGCUGCCAUUGUUCCCAAGGGCUCAGAGAAGACAGUUAAGACAUCACGCAGUGUAGCCAGCUCCAAAAAGGAGAAGGAGAACAGCUCAUCCAAGAGCAAGAAGGAAAGAAGUGAAGCGGUGGGGACUUGUUCAGAAAAGGAUCCUGGGGUCCUUCAGCCAGUUCCUUUGGGAGGACGAUGUGCUCAGUAUGAUGGAAAUGCAGGGGUAGAUCCAGGAGCUGUGGAGCCACUUGGGAGUAUAGCUAUUGAACCUGGGGCAGCGCUCAACCCAUUGGGAGCUAAACCGGAGCCAGAGGAAGGGGAGAAUGAAUGCCGACCACUAAAGAAAGUCAAGUGUGAAAAGAUGGAGUCCCCUGUCUCCACACCAGCAGUGCUGCCUCUGCACCUCUUGGUGCCAGUAGUCAGUAAUGACAUCUCAUCCCCCUGUGAGCAGAUCAUGGUUCGUACCCGAUCCGUUGGGGUCAACACAUGUGAUGUGGCUCUAGCUACAGAACCCGAAUGCCUGGGCCCCUGUGAGCCUGGAACCAGCGUCAACCUCGAAGGCAUUGUGUGGCAGGAAACAGAAGAUGGGAUGUUGGUGGUGAAUGUAACAUGGAGGAACAAGACAUAUGUAGGUACGCUGCUUGACUGUACCCGGCAUGACUGGGCACCCCCAAGGUUCUGUGACUCCCCCACCAGUGACUUGGAAAUGCGUAAUGGUCGAGGUAGAGGCAAGCGAAUGCGUCCCAACAGUAGCACACCUGUCAAUGACACAGCUACAGCCUCUGACAGUAAAGGGGCCAGCAGCAGCAGCAAAACCCGGGCAGGAGCUAAUAGUAAAGGCUGUCGGGGCAGCCAGAAUUCUUCAGAGCAUCGCCCACCUGCCAGCAGCACCUCAGAGGAUGUCAAGGCUAGCCCGUCCUCAGCUAACAAGUGGAAAAACAAACCCCUUUCAGAUAUGUAGCUGAAUUCUAGCUCAGAGGACUCCAAAGGGAGCAAGCGUGUUCGUACAAAUUCCAUGGGCUCAGCCACAGGUUCCCUCCCUGGGACCAAGGUAGAACCCACUGUCCUGGACAGAAAUUGUGCGUCCCCCGUUCUGAUUGAUUGCCCUCACCCAAACUGCAACAAGAAGUACAAGCACAUCAAUGGACUGAAGUACCACCAGGCUCAUGCCCAUACAGAUGAUGACAGCAAGCCAGAAGCAGACGGGGACAGCGAGUAUGGAGAGGAGCCCUCCCUCCAUACUGAACUUGGGAGUUGCAAUGGUGUAUCUGUUUCACAAAAAGGUUCCUUGUCCCCUGCCCGCUCAGCUACUCCCAAAGUCAGGCUCAUAGAGCCCCAUAGCCCUUCUCCUUCAAGCAAAUUCAGCACAAAAGGUCUCUGUAAGAAAAAGUUGAGUGGGGAAGGGGACCCAGACCUCGGGGCUCUGUCCAAUGAUGGCUCCGAUGAUGGACGCUCAGCAGUGGAUGAAACAAGCAGUGACGCCUUUGACUCUUUGGAAAGGAAGUGUAUGGAAAAAGAAAAAUGUAAAAAUACCUCUAAUUUGAAAGCUGAAAAGAUUCCUUCCAAGAGCUUAAAGUCAGCCCGGCCCAUUGCCCCUGCCAUCCCCCCACAGCAAAUCUAUACUUUCCAGACAGCCACCUUCACAGCAGCAAGCCCAAGCUCCUCCUCAGGCCUGACCACCACGGUGGUCCAAGCCAUGCCCAACAGCCCCCAACUCAAACCUAUUCAGCCCAAGCCCACCGUGAUGGGAGAGCCCUUUACAGUCAACCCUGCCUUGACGCCAACCAAGGAUAAGAAAAAGAAAGACAAAAAAAAGAAGGAAUCUUCAAAGGAACUUGAAAGUCCUCUGACCCCUGGGAAGGUUUGUCGAUCAGAAGAAGGCAAGAGCCCCUUCAGAGAAUCAUCAGGAGAUGGGCUGAAAAUGGAGGGGCUGCUAAAUGGCUCCUCAGACCCCCACCAGAGCCGAUUGGCCAGUAUCAAGGCUGAAGCGGACAAGAUCUACAGCUUCACAGAUAAUGCUCCCAGCCCUUCCAUUGGAGGCGGUAGCCGCCUUGAUAGCACCCCCCCUACCCAGCCCAUGACCCCCUUACAUGUAGUAACCCAGAAUGGAGCUGAAGCCAGCUCAGUCAAAACCAACAGCCCUGCAUACUCCGACAUCUCUGAUGCUGGGGAGGAUGGGGAGGGUAAGGUGGACAGUGUCAAGUCGAAGGACCCUGAACAGUUGGUGAAGGAAGGGGCGAAGAAAAGUCUUUUCCCCCCUCAGCCUCAGAACAAAGACUCACCGUAUUACCAAGGCCUUGAGAGUUACUACUCGCCGAGCUAUGCCCAGUCCAGCCCAGGAGCUCUGAACCCCGGCAGCCAAGCAGGAGUGGAGAGCCCGGCCCUAAAGACUAAGAAGGAGGAGGAACCCGAGAGCGCAGAGGGGAAAGGGAAGAACGACGUCUGCGAGGAGAAGCGAGCAGAGCUGAGCACGCCCAGUCAGCAGCCCUCCGUCAUCCAGCAGCGCCCCAACAUGUACAUGCAGUCUCUCUAUUACAACCAGUAUGCCUAUGUGCCCCCCUAUGGCUACAGCGACCAGAGUUACCACACUCACCUCCUGAGCACAAACACGGCGUACCGGCAGCAGUAUGAGGAGCAGCAGAAACGGCAGAGCUUGGAGCAGCAGCGGGGCCUGGACAAGAAGGCAGAGAUGAAUCUGAAGGAGCGGGAGGCAGCACUCAAGGAAGAGUGGAAGCAAAAGCCACCAGUCCCACCAACUCUCACCAAGGCCCCCAGCCUGACGGACCUGGUCAAGUCGGGACCCAGCAAGGCCAGGGAGCCAGGGGCUGACCCUGCUAAAUCGGUGAUCAUCCCCAAGUUAGACGACUCCUCAAAAUUCCCCAGCCAGGCCCCAGAGGGACUUAAAGCAAAACUGAGUGAAACCAGCCACCAAGGCAAGGAGGGCUCUGAGGCCAAGGCAGGUGCUGAGUGUGGCCGGCAGGCCGAAGUGGAUCCGAUACUCUGGUACCGACAGGAGGCAGAGCCCCGGAUGUGGACUUACGUGUAUCCUGCCAAGUACUCGGACAUCAAGUCAGAGGAUGAGCGAUGGAGAGAGGAGCGGGAUCGCAAGCUGAAGGAGGAGAGGAGUCGGAGUAAGGACUCCGUGCCCAAGGAGGAUGGGAAGGAAAGCACAAGUAGUGACUGCAAGCUGCCCCCGUCGUCGGAAGAAGCCCGGGGCAAGGAGCCCAGACCAAGUGUCCAUGUGCCUGUGUCCUCGCCCCUCACCCAGCACCAGUCCUACAUCCCCUACAUGCACGGCUACUCUUAUAGCCAGUCUUAUGACCCCAACCACCCCAGCUACCGGGGCAUGCCUGCUGUGAUGAUGCAGAAUUACCCAGGUUCCUAUCUGCCUUCCAGCUACUCCUUUUCCCCCUAUGGCAGCAAGGUCUCCGGGGCUGAGGACGCUGACAAGGCCCGGGCCAGCCCCAGUGUCAGCUGUAAGUCCAGCUCAGAGUCCAAAGCCCUGGACAUCCUGCAGCAGCAUGCCAGUCACUACAAGAGCAAGUCCCCCACGAUCAGUGACAAAACUGCUCAGGAGAGAGACCGGGGCAGCUGUGGGGUGGUUGGGGGUGGUGGCAGCUGUAGCAAUGGGGGAGCAGGCGGGUCUGAGAGGAGUGUCGACCGGCCCCGCACCUCCCCUUCGCAGCGCCUGAUGUCCACUCACCACCACCACCACCAUCUGGGCUACUCAUUGCUCCCCGCACAGUACAACUUACCCUACGGGGCAGGGCUUUCCUCCACGGCUAUUGUCGCCAGCCAGCAGGGCUCAGCACCCUCACUGUACCCACCCCCUCGGAGGUGAGAAUGACCACCAAGUGCCCAGAUAAAGUCAGCUUCGCGGGCCCGGACUGGCUCACCCAUGUCGCUGCUGGAGGUGCUGUGUAGACAUCAGUUAAAUG